GCGAAAUUUUUACAAGAGUGAGAUUCACAAUGGCUAGUGGUGAGAGUUUUUUAGCCUUGUGCACUAUAGUGGGUCCAUUAAGAAAAAAUGCGAUAAAAAAUUAAGUUUACUGAUAAGGACCUGUUGAGUGUUUUUCUCAAACCUUCGAUGAGUUUUAUUGAAUUUAAGAAUACUAUACUCCAAAGACUAGGACUGCAUGGCGUGAAACGGGUAGAGAAGUUAUUCUAUAGAAUUCCGAUUUCUGUGUUACGCGAUGAUGUGAAGUAUGAUUCAUUCAUUAUUAGCAGUGAUGAAGAUUUGCAGGUGCUAUUCCAUUGUCGUCGUCGGUUUCCUAAGGUGAGGACUCCGGAGCUGUUGGCGAAACUUGUGGAUGUGGUAUCUAGUUCCGGAGACUCGAAUAGGAAUCCUUACUCUGCAGAACAUCCAACCUACACUAGUUCCAUGCAUGUUGGUUCCUCGUCAGUUGUGCCAGUGAUUGCACCUGAGGCAGAUUUAGUUGCUUCUCCUUCCUUUGUAGUUAAUCUGAACCACAGUGAUGAUCCAGGAGUUGGUGAGGCUGGAUUGUUUGGGGAGGUUGCAAUCAUGACGACUGAUUCUCUUGCGAUGGUCCCGGUUUUUAUAGUGGUUGGAGUACCCGAUGGGGUUGAGGAUGCAGUGCAUGAUGAUGAUGAUGAUGUGGAGCCCGCCACGAUAGCUGAUGAUAGUGACGAUGAGACACCAUGGACGACUCCGCCUGAGGAUGGGGGAGCAUCUAGUUCAGGUACUAAUCAGUACUCCCCGCACUUCUCUGCUCUGGACUUGGAUGCCAUAGCAUCUCAGGGGAUCCGAGUGUACCUGUUGGCUUCGGGGCAAGAGACACACAGAAUGCAGGAGUUGUAUAUGAAUUUCAGGUUAGUCAGCAAUUUCAGGAUAAAGAGGAAGUUGUGUUAAGCGUGAAGACCUAUAGCAUUCGCCGUGGGGUUAAGUACAAGGUAUUGGAAUCCAAUCAUCGCAAGUACUAUGGCAAGUGCAAGGAGUUCGGCAGCGGGUGUGCAUGGCUCAUUUGGGUUAGCCUCCGCCAGCGCAAAGGCAUUUGGGAGGUAAAACGGUACAAUGGUCCUCACAUUUGUCUAGCCACAUCGAUAUCUAGUAAUCACAGGAAGCUUGAUUAUCAUGUCAUAUCGGCCUUCAUAAUGCCUAUGAUUAGAGCUGAUGCUGCCGUCUCAAUUAAGGUACUGCAGAAUGCCACGGAGGCACACUUCGGGUUCAGACCGACGUACAGGAGGGUUUAGAUGGUUAAACAGAAGAUUGUGGCUCAGGUUUACGGAAAUUGAAAAGAGUCAUAUAAUGACUUGCCACUAUGGGU